UGCAAAUUGAUUUCGAUUCGGAUCGUACUUAGUGCCGGACUAUAUAAGCAGCGAGAGAGUCUUUACGGUCAUCUAUCGGCUUUAAUAUGAAGUACCUGACGUGUGUGCUGCUCCCGUUGGCUUUAAUUCCGGCUCUGAUUGGCGCUCAUCCCGGUACAGUGGUGGUUAAUGGCGUCUGCCUGACUUGUCCCAAUCCGAAUGGAGAACCCGUUUACCUGGAUGGCCAGGAGUACCGCAGUUUCUCCUCAUCCAAGAACGAUGGCAAUGUGGUAAUUUCCCGGGGAAGCGAUGGUAGAGGAGGUGGAACUGGCACAAUUUACCGGAGGGGUGGUAACACCAUUGUCAACGGGCGUUGUCAACAUUGCAACGUGGAUCUCUAUUAAAAGUGGCCCCAAUAAAGUCUGAACAUUGAAUUAAAAUCCUACACACACCCUUGA